AGGCGUCCAGCGAGCUCUCGCUGAGUAAACCGCUACGAAGGCCUGGAUGAACUUAUAAUGGGACUCAUCCAAACGCACCCAAUUUAGUAAUAUUUUACACUUUACGUGGAGCAGUUCGUCAUGUUUAGUUGAUUCAUGGGUAAUCAAGCCUAACUAGUUCUAUCCGUGAUCGAACAGAAAUUGAAUCCUCGCGUGUGAGAAAAUCAGUACAAUGUUAAUAAACAAAGAAACCUUUCCCUACAGAACGGGAUUAUCGCCGUUAUACUUUCUGCCGUCUCAGUCAGUGAACGUGACAAAUGAUCGGAUUGGAUACUUUCCAAUAACUCCUCCGUACCAUCAUCAGUACGAUUACGUACUCUCUCCAGGAGUAGGAGCAAUGCAGACUCCUACGAGAAAGACUUCAACGGGUUCCUCAUCCCCAGCAAGGACAUCAUCUGCUGCGUCAGCAUCGUCUUCCUCAUCCGGAAUGCUGGGAUCCAUCGACAAUGGCCAAUCGUUGUAUUUUUACAUGAAUGCAACUGGGAAGGAGGAAAUUACAUCAGUGCCAUUAUCGCCACCACACACUCCGCCACUCAUGUACCCUCCACCCAUUUCCGGCGAGGGUGACAGCAGCUUUCUAGCCGGAAAUGACACCAGCUCCCCAACCGAUGUGGUCACCGAUCGAUACGGAUUAUCGGACCUGGGCGUGGAUAACGGAGGCGCCAACUAUAAUUUUGGCGGUAGAAUUGCUGCUGGAAAUAGUCGGUGGAGUAAUAAUCGUAACAAUGACGAUGAUGGCCAUGCCAGUGACAGUAAUGAAGGGCGCUUAUUCCCGGCACGAAAUUCCGUUAUCAUGAAGGUGGAAAACCAGCAAGUGGUUCCGCUGCUCGACGAGGAGGGUUCUCAUGCGAUCGACCGGUUUGUGUGCAAAUGGGAAAACUGCUAUUGCGUGUUUUUCAAGCUGGAAGAUCUGGCUAGUCACGUCACGCAGAAGCAUGCCGUCGUUGGACUCGGCGGAUUGUAUUACUGCCGGUGGGAGAACUGUCUCCGGCAGGAUCGGGGCUUCAAUGCCCGCUACAAGAUGCUAGUGCACGUCCGGACGCACACCAAGGAAAAGCCCCAUCAAUGUGGAAAGUGCGGAAAAUGUUUUUCCCGGGCAGAGAACCUGAAAAUUCACCUUCGCUCCCACUCCGGCGAGAAACCGUAUGUUUGCCCAGUUGAGGGAUGCCUCAAGGCCUAUUCUAACUCCUCAGACCGAUUCAAGCACACGCGUACCCAUUCGAACGACAAGCCAUACGUGUGUAAGGUCCCUGGAUGUCUCAAGCGCUACACCGAUCCAUCAUCGUUGCGGAAGCACGUGAAAACCUUCAAACACAUCAACCUGCUAGUGUCAUUGGGAACCGAGUCUGCCGAGCCUGAUUUCCAUCUGCACCCUCAUCCAGCCAACUAUCCUGCGGUUCGAUACCGCAGCCCAUGCACCGGAAGCCCCGGCAAGAUGGCAAGCGAUAACUCAUAUACCGAUGACAGCCGAGCUUCUAACACGACCACCACAGCUAGCAGUCCAGAACUAGACGAUAGUGAAGAUAAUAAUGUGCUAAUUGAUGUCGUCAACGUCGACAAGUGUGAUGAAAAAUUAAUCUUCACUGACUACCAUUUCUACCCGAGCCGAAGGCCCACAGGGCCUGCUGAUGACUGGCCAUCGGGAUAUCGGGGCAGACCAUCACUGUCUUCUCCACCAGACAUAGCCGAUAGGUUCUUUGAGAAACCAAGUAGAGUGAAUGAUGGCGACCGAUACGAGAGGCAUUUUCUCUAUGAACCGGAACCGGAUUACCGCCAGCAGAUAGAAAGCAACAUCUCUAGGGGUUUAUUAAAGUCUGGAUCAACCUCCCUGGCUAGUCACAAAAAGGACGACAAUGACCGCUUGUUACCGAACGCAGUGGAAGAUGAUGAUUUGUGCAGUGCCAUUCGUCGAUUGAACAGCACUCGAAUGGCUGGUGUAGCCGCCAUGGAAGUGGAUAGACCAAUGGAUCUCAGUAUACAUCAUCGAUAACACCCGAGAGCUGUUUUGGCCUUGGAUUGAUAAUUUUGUGUUCUUUAUUGAUAUUUUUACAACCAAUUUUUUUUUAAUGAUUAUGGUUUGUUAGAACCAUAACUUUUUGUUUUGAUAACAAAUUGAGAUUACAAAUUCGCAGGGUGUGACGAUUUUUGCGUUUUUACUGGUGAUUAAAUACACAUAUUACACAAAAUGAA